AUGGUGGGUGAGGCAGUCAGGAAUGGGUGUAUUUCUCCACUGAUGGUGGGGAGAGACGGCAUAGAGUUAUCGCAUCUCCAAUUUACAGAUGACACAAUCUUAUUUUGCCCACAGGAAACAGAGACACUGGUGAAUUACAAGAGACUGUUGCAUUGUUUUGAGUGGAUGUCGGGCCUGGGCAUUAACUUUGAUAAGUCAAGCUUGAUCUCGGUUAACUGUGACCAGGACUGGGUGACGAAUAUGUGUGGUUUGUUGGGAUGUGCAGAAGCUACUCUACCUGUCAGGUACUUAGAAAUUUCUCUAGGUGCAAACCCUCAACUGGUGAAGACCUGGAAACCAAUCUUAGACAAUGUGGAGGAUAAGCUUAGCUUAUGGAAAGCGAAAUCACUCAAUAAAGCUGGUAAGUUGGUCCUCAUAAAAUCUAUUCUUAAUAGCUUUCUAGUGUACUACCUGAGCUUGUAUAAGAUGCCAAAGGCGGUUGUAGAGAAGAUAAUUAGGUUACAGAGAAGGUUUUUUUGGAGUAAAAAGGAUGGAAACAACGGUAUACCACUAGUGAGAUGGGAUAUGGUACAAGCUCCGAAAAAGUUAGGUGGUUUAGGUGUGGGGGAUGCUUUAAUCAGAAAUGCAUCGCUUCUAUUCAAGUGGUGGUGGCACUUUUUUGAAGAAAGAUUGUCUGUUGUGGAAGAAGAUUGUAUGUUCUUGCAACCAUUUGUUGUCAAAACAGCCAUUACCGUCAAGAGGUGGCCCUUGGAAAGACAUUUGCCAGCUUAA